GACAGGACAACGUGACUCGAGUGAUUCGAUUAAAUACGGAAGUAGACUACACUGAACAGUUGGUUAACUUGAGAAGUAGGUUAGCCUCGGCAUCUAGCUUCCACAGAAGUGGACAACAGUAAACCUUUGCGAAGCAUCAUAUAUGUACCUUGAUAUGAAACACGCAUUGUUUUGUAUUUACUUACUUACUCACCUAACAUCUGGGCAACUAACAGAUUCACAUCUUAGCAAUGGGAUGAGAAAAUGGCCAGUGCCGUACAGGCGGUUUGAUCGGCGUCCAGAAGUGGAUCCAUUCUGCCAGGCAUUAUACCCUUUCUGCCCCACCGGUGACCGUGACAGUCGGAUACCUUACAUGCGAAAUUCUGAUGUCAUCUCAGUGUUUCGACUUCAAGCUCCUGUGUGGGAAUUUAAGUACGGCGACCUAUUGGGAAAAUUUAAUAUCAUGCAUGAUGCAAUUGGAUUCAGAAGCAAGGAGACCGGCACAAACUACACCAUGGAGUGGUACGAGCUGUUUCAGCUGGGGAACUGCACUUUUCCUCACCUAAAGCCCGGUGUCAGCGCCCCCUUCUGGUGUAAUCAAGGUGCUGCAUGCUUUUCUGAGGGAAUAGAUGACCUGCAUUGGAAACAGAAUGGAACUUUGGAAGAAGUGGGAGAAAUCACAGGUAACCAGUUCAAUGACCUGGCCCGCUGGGUCCAAGAGGACAAUGAGACCGGGAUUUACUAUGAAACCUGGACUGCAAGAUCUGACCCGAGUGGGAAUGCAACCGUGUGGUUUGAAUCGUAUGACUGCUCCCAGUUUGUGCAUCGAAGUUAUCGAAAGCUAUCUGAGCUAGGUGCCAAGCUCACAAGCAAAACCCAAACCAACUACACCAAGAUCUACCUGUACAGUGGAGAGCCUACCUAUUUGGGAGAUGAUGAUACCAUCUUUGGUCAAGCCUCCAUGAAAUCUCUGGCCUCGGACAUAAGGAACUUCUAUCAUGACUUUCAGCCACAUCAGUCUACACUGGAUGCCAUCAUUAGCAUCAUUGAAGCGUACAAGAAGGUCGUCUUGGAGAAGAACUUCUAUUUGUACUAUAACUUUCAAUAUUGGCACCUGCCCAUGAAACCGCCAUAUGUUCGAAUCACAUAUGAGGAAAUUCCUUUACCAUGAUUUAUUUAUUCAUCUUUCAAAUCAGGUUUUACAUCUUAUGUAUGACCUAUAUUGUGUUACAUUAAACUGCACUGGAAACAUGUUGUUGCAUGGGCAUGUGCUUCAUUGUGUUAAAGCCUCAUAAUGUAAUGAUGGUGAAUUUUGUUGCUGUGGCAGCCUCUGGAACUACCAUGUAUAAUGCAUUUUUACAUUGUCAUAAAUACAAUCAGUUUUUUUUAAUAAUAAUCAAUAAUAAAUACUUUAUUGUAACUUUUAA